GCAUCAAACAACAUCACUCAAUUACGUUGUCACUGUCGCUCAUAUGAGCUUACACUUAAUAUAAAUAUUCAAGUGUGGUUAGAUAAACGAAGGCCAGAAUGGCAAGCAGCGACGAGUUCCUGCGCCCUCCCAGCAAUGAAGAAUUUGACGCAAUCACUCGUGUACCCUCGCAUUAUAAUUCUCUAGAUACAUUUCGACUGGGAAGCGGCCAGGAUCGGCAUUACCAGCAGCAAUAUGGCGACAUGUACUUCUUGCGACUGGCGAAACUCAAGCCCGCGGUUGAAGAGAUUGCAGUCGAAGCAUGGGAAGGUUUCAGUAUCGCUGGAGAAAAUGCGCGCCGCGUGGAAAGAGUCCUCGACGUGAGGCAGGGAGAACUUUGCUGGGUCGCAGGAACGAUAUAUAUGGACAUGCCAUUGAAGCCCAAUAUUUUGGACGAUCUUACGAAAGAGAACUAUACGUUAGCACCACCUCCGCGACCGACCUACCAAGAUCCUGCUCAUCCGGAGUUAACACAAAUCAUGUUGGAAGAUGAGUCCGGCCGACUGCGCCUGACUGGAAGCAUGCUCCGGAAUACGCAGCUAUGUACAGGAGCUAUCAUUGCAGUCCUGGGAACUGAGAACGCCAACGGAGACUUCGAGGUUAUAGAUACCAAAGUGCCUGAUUUACCACAACAGCCUCGCAGAUGGGGAAACGAUACACUGGACGCACCAAAGGGAGCCAGCAAGGGUAAGAUUGCAUUUGUGAGUGGUCUAGGGAUUACCGGAACUUCGAGUGAUACUCUUGCUUUGGAACUUCUGGCAGAUUAUUUGCUUGGUUAUACCGGUGGUACUUCUGGAGCACUACCUGAUGCUUCUGCAAUCACAAGGUUAAUUAUUGCGGGAAAUUCUGUCGGAGCAAGUAUGACUACGGAUGUCAACGCCGAUAGUUCUACAAAGAAGAGAACCGGUCCGAAAAAGUACGGAUAUGAUGCUUCUGCUUAUAAUGCAUCGCCUAUUACACGGCUUGAUUCUUUCCUAGCGGAGAUCCUGCCUAGUAUGCCCGUUACACUAAUGCCAGGCGAAUCUGACCCGGCAAAUUUCUCUCUCCCUCAACAGGGAAUCCACCGUGCGAUGUUCCCGCAGGCUAGGGCAUACUGUGCUCCGCCUCCUGCCGGUGAUAGCAAGCAAGAGCCAAGUUGGUUCGACAGUGUAACGAACCCGUGGGAAGGGGACGUGGAGGGCUGGCGCCUAUGGGGUAGCAGUGGGCAGAACGUGGAUGACAUCCUCCGGUAUCUGAACUUCGCCGAUGAGGAAGGAAAUGCGGCCGAUGGUGCUGGAGAUAUAGAGGCGAGGAUGAGAGUUAUGGAGGCUAUGCUGCGCUGGAGAUGUGGAGUUCCCACUGCGCCCGAUACUCUAUGGUCCUAUCCAUUUCAAACGCACGAUCCAUUCGUUAUACAAACUUGCCCACACAUCUUCUUUGCCGGCAACCAGCCACAAUUCAAGACAGCUGUAAUUGAGGGUGAUGCCCCACUGAAGCUGAACGGAGCCGACACAGAGAUGACAGGCACAGAUGACGAUAACUCAUCUGGCCCUCGUGUGCGCCUUUUAUCUAUACCCAAAUUCAAGGAAACCGGAGAAUUGGUUUUGGUCGAUACCGAGACCCUGGAGGUGGAGGUGGUGAAGUUUAGUACAUUUGCUGGACAACAAGAGCAACAAUGAGCGGCUGAUAC